CAUAGAACCUUAUUUAAUCCACUGUCGCUUCGAUAAGUUACUAUGUCACAUGAAAUAUGUUCAGUUAAUAGGGUUUCACUGUCGCUAACAACCUAAUUAACUACGAUUCAUUGUAUUGGUGGCCAGUCAACACAAAGCAUUAAGAAAUUUCAUGCAAUAGAGAUUGGAAGAAAAGAAUCAUAAAUCAAUCCAUCAAAUCAAGAAAUAGCUACAUCCUAUGGUGUUUCCCCCAGAAAUUGGGGUUUAGUUCAUGACGAAAAUAAAACACACAAUCAUGUUCAUAAUCAUCAUGAUAUUAAUUGAAGCUAAAGAAUAAAUACUGAAAUUAUCGGAUCGUAAUCCAGGCUUUAAUCUUUGUCGCUCCAAUCGCCACUCUGCUUGCUCCGCGCGAUAGCUCUGCUGCCAAUUCCAAUUAUUCCCGGUCCAAGGCUGCACGCGACUCUCCUUCUCCCAAGACUUCUCUUCCAAUGAGUUCUCCCCCGAAAACCAAUUCAAUUCCGUGUCCCAGCUUUUUCCAAAAAAAAUCCGUCGCCAGCUAUUAUCUCCUCCUAAUAAUUCCGCUGCUCCUCUGUUAAUUACAAUCCUCCGUCCAAAUAUCCUCCCUCCUUGAGAAAUUCGUGGCCCAAAAAGAAUCCUCUCCCUUCUCGUUUAUGGCCCACUUCUUUCCCUUUUCUCCACCAAAAAUUGGCCCAAAAAUUCCCCAAUAUUAAUUGUCCAGCCGCCAGCCCAUGAGAAGAUCUCCGGCCCAAGUUAAUUGGGCCCAAUUAAUUGUUUGUGCACUCGCUUCUUUUUCGUGCUUUCUCUACCUGUAACAUAUCAAACUCAUGGCACUAGAUAGUAAUGGUUUUUCAACCAUUCCCGGGUUAGCGAGCCCUAAAAUAGCACCAAUCGGCUAAAACAGAUCAUAGGAUAGUCACAUAAAGUUCAAGAAUCCGAUAUAUUAAAGCCGAUUAUCAAUGGGCAAGGUUGCUAGAUUUACCGGCUCAAUACUUCAAUACAGAUGCCGUGAUGAAGAUCGGGAAGCGAAUUGGGAGACCCCUGCAGGUUGAUCAAGCCACGAGCACGGGUGCCCGCCUAGACUAUGCGCGUGUUUGUGUCGAGGUCGACCUCUCCAAGCCACUCUUGUCCCAAUUUAGAAUCCAUGGCGUGAAGUACUUUAUUCAAUACGAGGGGCUGGAAAAGAUUUGCCUAAUCUGCGAGAAAUAUUUUGAAUGGUCUGGAUGCCCUUGCUCCUUUGGCGGGCCAAGCAAGUCAGACGAGGAACCCAUGGCCUCGGAGAUCGACAAGGAGCCAAACCCAGAACCGGAGAAAGUUUACGGGGAAUGGAUGAUUGCGAAGAAGAAACCAUGAGGCCCUAGAAAAGAGAUUGCGACAAACAAAACCCUGCCCAACAACAGCCUAGGGGACAAUGCAGCCAAGUCGGGGUCGCGAUUCAAUGUUCACGAAGUUGAGGACGUAAUGGAUGAGGAAAAUGAUCAGCCACGAGAAACUACUCAGGUAAACACACCGAACGUGAGUCACGGUGGGGACAGGGCUGGAGCCAAAAAGCCACAAGAGAAGUUGACACAAAUGCCCAAAACGAGCAAGGGUACGAAAGAGGCAGGGAACAGACAAACGAAGAAACCAAUAAAACCCGCGAAGAACCCGUUGACUACGAGUGAUGGAGAUGGUAAACAAGGGGAAGCACACCCGGGUAGCAUGGACCAUCUAGUAAGCGAGCAGCAGCAGGCUUCACCAGCACACCAGCAGGACGUGAACCAGAUGGAUACGUGGAAGGAGCAAGGAUCUCUCAAGCUCCGCACCCACACUUCCACCUUGAUGCGAACAAUAAAACCCUGAAUGCAGC